AUGUCAGCGGAAACUGCAGCCACAAAGCGCCAAUAUGCGGCCGUGGACAUCGGCCCGGGUGACGGGUCUUCAGCUUCGGACGGCGCAUCCCGCGCCGCUCCAAAACAAAAGACUACUGCUGCAACCAAAAAAGCGACUGCGAAAAAGGCACACACAGUAGACAAGCUAUACAACGACAGCAUCAAGAAAAAUGAAGCCGCCAUCAAAACUCUCGAUGGCAGAGUCCUAAAGAUGGGCCCCGACAGCCGCGCAAUCACGACAGACUCAUACGCGAAAAUGUCUCUCGGACACCUGAAGCCCGUCAAAGAGCUGGACGAAAUGGACGGAGGUCUAGUGCCUGCAUUCAAUCUGAUGCUCUAUGUGGCCGACGCAUCCCAUACCGAUUGCGAUGCCACUCCAAAAAUGUCUGGUUACGGUGACAGCGGAGCUCCUUUUGGCCUUCUGGACAUGCAACUUCUAGACCUGAUUGAGAAGAGACAUGCGCAAUCACCGGCAACGCGACAAGAUCAACUGCCUAGCGUGCUAGAGCAAUGGCGAAGACCCGAUUCUGGUGUAUUAGUAUUGGAAUACGAAUGGCUGAUCGAACAACACGACACAGAGAGGAAAAGACAAAAGCUAGGGCGGGAACAAGACAGAAGAGAGAAGAGGCAUGAAAGGAGAGUAACCGUCGAUGAUUGGGUUGCUGUUGCGUUACAGGAACUUGAAGAGGAGAGAGACUACCUUGAGGAAAACGGUAUUACCAAGUAUUUCCCCAAAAGCAUUGAAAGAUUGACCGAAUUGAUGGGGUCUGGGAAUUCGACUGCCAGUGCUGCUCCUGCUGAAUAA